AAAUUUUUAGCAGAUUCUAAUGACUUCAAGAAUUGUCUAUAGGCAAAGUUUUAGAUUAAAAUUUGUUUAUCCAGUUUUUUUUAAUAAAUACCAUAACCAAGGUAAAAACUCAAUAUAACGGCUAUAAUUUCAAAAAGGCAAUGCAUAGAGAAGAAUCAUUGUAAGUUUCUUCUAGUCUCAACAGACUCUACGUAAUGACUGGGAUCUGAUAGCAAAUGUUAAAUUUCAUCUCUGAUAAUUUUCUUGUAAAUAAAAUACAUUUUUGCUGCACCAAAUUGAAUGAAUAUUAUUAAUUAUAUAAAUCUGAAUAAUUCAUCGAAUGUCUUUUUGUUUUUCCUUUUUGUGUUUUAGACUUGCUGAAUUUUUUGGUGAAGAUGUUAUUAAAGAUAAAGGUCUUUGUUGUCGUUUUGUUAUAGCUAAUGUACCACGUGAUACACCUGUUACUGAACGUGCUAUUCCAUUAGCUAUAUUUCAAUCUGAACAAUCUAUACGUAAUCAUUAUUUACGUAAAUGGUUACAUUUAUCAACUUACCACGUGUUUAAAAAAACUACAACAUUAAAACGUAAACGUAAUGAAUUACAUGAUAAAACAAUAACACAUCAAUGGAGAAUUGUUCUUGGUCCACCACCAAUAUUUGGUCAAACAAUAAAUCAACAUAUUAAAUGGCUUAAUUAUCAAAAACAUAAAUGGAAUAUACAAUAUGAACAACGACUAAAUCAAUCAUCAAUAAUAUCUGAUAAAAUUCAAUUGAAAAUAAAACAAAAAAAUUUAAAUGAUGGUAUAUUUAAAGCUUGGUGUUUAGUUGAACAUGAAUUAAUACAAAUUAAAAUAAAAGUUCCAAGAAUAUUUUAUGUUAAUUAUCGUACAUCAAUUGAAAAUAAUAAUAUCCAAACACAACAUUCAAUUGUUUAUGAACAUACAAUUAAUAAUUGUUCAAAACGUGUUAAUCGUUUAUUACCACGUUGUUCACAAAUAUAUUAUUUAUAUGAAUAUCGUUUAGAUGAAAAUCAUUUUUAUAAUUAUUAUACAGAUAUAAUGACUGAUUUAAGUAAUCUAAAUAUUGAAGGUGUUUAUGAAAUGAAUGUACCAUUAGAUUUUCGUU